AUGCUUCUUAAUUCCGCGGUCCUUACCGCCGCAUUGGCGAUUCUUGACGUCGCCUCUGCCUCCGUCAUCAAGAGACAGGUCCUCAAGGACAAGGACAUUGCCGGUCGAAUUGCAGGAGGGGCCAAAAUUGGCGACCAGUGCCACCCUCCAGGCACCUACGCCCUUGGGGGUGAGAAGGUUAUUCCCCCUUGUCUUGCCGAGCAGGCCAUUGCUCUAAAGUGCGAAAUUGUCACGCAUCUCUCGAGCAAUUCUUCCGAAGCGAAUCGUAUAGCCUACCACAAGUGCCUGGUAGGACAUGGCAGCUCCUACUUCCUCGAUAUUCAAGGCUGCCUGGCCUGCAAGAAGACCCAUGGCCACCUCUCCAAGGAGCAGUACGACUGGUACCUGCAGAGAUGGACCGCAGGUUACGAGGCCUUUGAAAAGGACGUUGUGCCCAAGACCAACAUGUGGACAUAUGUCGAAGGUGCUAUUGGCGGCACUACGUGCCAGAACCGCAACGAGACGCUGCGCGGAUGGAAAUGCUGGGACCAGCUUCCCAAGGGUUCCGGUAACACCAACAAGACUGUGCCCGUCGAGCAGUACUACACGAACCGCCCCAAGACGCAGAACAUUGGAAGCUUUACUCUGAAUGGCAAGAAAUACCCCGAAUCCACAACCAUGGAGGUGGACCUUGCGCAGUACACCUAUGAGAUUACGGGCCACUUGGGAUACUACUCCUCUGCCAAGCUGGAAGACGGCACCGUCACGGAUACUCGGGUUGAGUUCGAGGUGCAAGUCGUGACUGAAUAUCGCGAGAUCAAGUCCGUUUGCAACUUCACCACGCCCGACGUGUUCACCAUCGUGUCCGCCAUCAGUGCGCCCGUCCCGCUCAAGGAUUCCGUUGCCACUGUCCCGAAGAAGGAGGCGACUACGCUCCCUACUCUCGAUUGCGACGGUACUUGUAUUGCUUCGGCCCUCAGCAUCAAGGAGCUCGAGGUGGUGGUGAUCCAGGGCUCCAAAAAGGCCGAUCCGGUCGUGGCUGACGCUGCUACGCCUGCGCUGACCGAUUUGGAGGAGCACAAGUCUGUCAGCACUAAUAGCAAGAUCAGUUUCCUCAAAAGGGUGGAAGUUUUAUUUGCCAAUGUGAAGAAGUAUCCCACUCCUAGUGGCGGCAGCCCGCCUUCCACUGACGACGACCCGUGCCCAGCUCGGCGCCGUCGAUGA